GACGUUAAAUGUGUCGGAACUCUCAGGAAAUGUUUUGUGUCUUCAUUUUAAAAUCGAAGGUACACGGGAGAUGAAGGUUCAAAUCAAGCAGUGGAACGGCGUGGCAUCCUGGCUGUGGAUGGCCAAUGAUGAGAACUGUGGGAUCUGCAGAAUGUCUUUUAAUGGCUGCUGCCCAGAUUGUAAGGUUCCUGGAGAUGACUGCCCAUUGGUCUGGGGCCAGUGCUCCCACUGCUUCCACAUGCACUGCAUCCUCAAAUGGCUCAACUCCCAGCAGGUUCAGCAGCAGUGCCCCAUGUGUCGGCAGGAGUGGAAGUUCAAAGAAUGAGCUCAUCCGGAGAACGUCCACUUGAAUGCCCUUUCAAAGACUGAGACUGAUGCGUCACAAUCAGAGGAUUGUAGUGUUUCGGGAUACAUAUGCUUCUGUUUUUUGUUGUACAUUUCCAGCUACUUUGUUUUUCUCUGAGGCUGUCAAAGUUUGUAUUCUGUGGAGGGGUGUGUGAAUAACAAUGAGUGUGAAUAAAUGUGAAUAGGAUUUAA